UAAAAUAAUUGCAUUUCGAUGUUCUGUUGGAGACCAGAUAUAGUGAAUGCAGAGUCCGGAGAUAGCGGAUAUAGUGAAUGCAGGGUCCGGGGAUAGCGGAUAUAGUGAAUGCAGGGGUCCGGGGAGACCAGAUAUAGUGAAUGCGGGGUCCGGGGAGACCAGAUAUAGUGAAUUCAGGGUCCGGGGAGACCAGAUAUAGCGAAUGCAGGGUCUGGGGAGACCAGAUAUAGUGAAUGCAGGGUCCGGGGAGACCAAAUAUAGUGAAUGCAGGGUCGGGGAGACCAGAUAUAGUGAAUGCAGGGUCC